GCGUACUAGUGUCACCCAUGCUCCAAGCUUUUGAAAGUAAUUAAAAAAUCUAGAGAAAAUGAGUAACAGUAAUGUAUUUGUGAUUUUACCGUUAACGAUGAUACUGCUUUAUUGCAGCAUUAUGGCGUUGGCACAGGAUCGAGCCAAGGAUAAUGGUGACAUUUUUGUGCAGCACAAGGAGCCGCGAGAAUGUGUUGCGCCAAUUAUGGUGCAAGCCAAUGGCAGCAACAGCAGCGAGGGCAUGGAUGUGGCGCAUGUAUGCAAUAAUAGUUUUUCCAUACCAAGCGAUUAUAUUGUGCAAUUCAAUAGGAAUGGCGACCUGCCAGAAACAGUUGACAAAACCGGCAUGUGUUUCAUACGGUGCUACUUUGAAAAGGCAGGGUUGAUUAAAAACUGGCAAUUAAAUAAGGAUUUGAUAAUGCAAACCAUGUGGCCGAUAAAAGCUGAUUCAAUUGCGUUUUGUGAACCAAAAGCAAAACAAGAAAUGAACGCUUGUGUACGUAGUUAUGCCAUCGCAAAAUGUUUGAUGGAACGUGGCUUUCAAGAUACCUGCAAUGAUACUGUUGCCUAAAGGAGAUUUUAAGCUUAUUAGAAACUUAAAAAGUUUAAUUUAUUAAUGGCAAUGUAAUGCAAUAAAAACUUUGCUUAGUAAAUAAUCUA